UUGCGUGAGUAUAUUGAUGAUACAGAGGAUUAUAUAAACAUUCAGCUUGACAAUCAUCGAAAUCAACUGAUACAGUUAGAGCUCUUUCUAAGUUCAGGAACAGUGUGUUUAGCCAUCUACUCAUUGGUGGCUGGAAUAUUUGGGAUGAACAUCCCAUAUACUUGGAAUACGGGACACGGUUACAUGUUUAAAUGGGUGGUCAUAGUCACAGGGACUUUCUGUGCCAUGGUGUUUGGACUUAUCAUGUCUUAUGCUCGGUUUAAAGGCCUUGUUGGAUCUUAA